AUGUUGACAGUUCCUACAGUGACUCUUGCAGGUGUUCGAAAUUCUCUGGUUUGUCCUGGUACAGCACCGGUUUACUCGUACCCAGGAACGACCGUCACACUGUCGAGUGUAGCCGAGAGGGUUCCGGCAAUGCCGUAUGUUUCUAGUAGUUUUUAUGGAAACCAGGAACAGUAUCUGACUACAGUCGCGUACAGUUCGUCACAGUUGCCAACUUCGAUUAAUCCACUAUAUAUAGUUCCAAAGAAUCCUCUUGUCUCUUCUGCUGGCCAGUGGCAGUAUGACGGUGCCGUACCACGGAAUCCAAUCUUAAUACCAAACUCCAGAAUUUCAAAUAAUGUAAAUAUACACACUGAGUAUCCGAAUCCGCUUCCACCGACAAGUGUUCCGUAUCCAAGGCUGAGGCCGGAAAUCGUACCCUUGAUAGUACCACCAUCUUUAGGAUUCCAUGGGAAUGGGAACAGCCUUUCGGCCAGUGUAGGGCCAAAUAGUGCGCAAUUAGCAGCUCGACAAGUAAUGCCACGCGAAUUGCCGAGGUUUAGCGGGGAUCCUCAGGAUUGGCCUAUGUUCCACAGUUCUUUCAAAAACACGACGGAGGUCUGCGGAUAUUCCGACGCUGAAAAUCUAGCCAGAUUACAGCGUAGUUUGGGAGGGGCAGCACUGGAAGCAGUUAGAAGUCGCUUACUCCUGCCAGCAUCUGUACCCUACGUGAUGGAAACGCUACAUAAGCUGUAUGGUAGACCAGAGAUUUUAAUAAGUUCUCUUCUGAAGAAGGUGAGAAAUGUUCCGCCGCCAAAGUCGGAUAACCUGAGCUCGAUCGUUGCCUACGGGUUGUCAAUUCAAAAUCUUGUCGAUCAUAUCAUUCUGUCUGAUCAGCAAGCACAUUUGUGGAAUCCAAUGUUGCUCCAGGAGUUGAUCGAUAAAUUACCCACCUCACUGAAGAUGCAAUGGGGUACAUUCAAGCAAGCGUUUGCGAACGUCAACUUGGCGACAUUCAACAGUUUCAUGUCGGGAUUAGUAAAUCUGGCUUCCGAGUUGAGUAUCGAUGUGAGUUCUGUCCAGAACUACCACCAGCCACAGAGAGCGGAGAAGUCAAAGCCGAAGGAGAAGCUUUUCACUCAUGCGAACGAACCACCAAGCGUAUCGAAGGAGUUUGUGAUAAAAGGACAUACGUCAAAAGCGUGCUCCUAUUGUGAGGAAGACAGUCAUCUGAUCCUAAACUGUCCUCGCUUUAAAUCAUUGGACAUCGGAGGCCGAUGGAAGGUGAUGCGGCAGAAAAACCUAUGUCGACUGUGUUUAAUCCCGCAUAGUAAAUGGCCGUGUCGUUCAAAAAAGGAAUGCGGGGUAAACGGGUGUCGCGUUCGACAUCAUAUGCUGCUGCAUAGUAAUCGUAGCGAUACUUCCGACGGUUCAAGGUCUGGAGAGAUUGUUCACCAAAAUCACCAUUCUACGAAAUCAUUUUCACUGUUCCGCUACCUGCCAGUAACACUGUACGGAGACGGGGAACAAGUAGAAACAUUCGUAUUCUUGGACGAUGGGUCGUCAUGUACACUACUCGAGGAAGGAAUCGCAGCACAGUUGGGCAUAGAAGGUGAACCUGAUAACCUGUGGUUGAGUUGGACCGGCAAGAUUAGCAGGCACGAGAAGACUUCAAAGCGAAUGAGCGUGAAAAUAUCCGGUAAUGGACAUAGGGAAACGUUUCAACUAGCCAACGUACGCACGGUGCGGGAAUUAGGCCUUCCAAGUCAAACAUUGGACUAUACAGAGCUGUCGAAUACGUUCCCGCAUCUUCAAGGCCUUCCAGUGGCCAGUUACACCGAUGCAAAGCCCGGCAUGGUCAUCGGACUUGAACAUGUACGGUUGUUAACAAGUUUGAAGACCCGUGAAGGCAGCAGCAACGAACCAGUAGCAGCUAAGACUCGGCUUGGUUGGUGCGUGUACGGGAGAAAUAACGGAACUGAAGGUUCAAUUGAACAAGUGCACGUCCAUACUUGCGGAGAGAUAACGAAUAGCGACCUACACGAUUCAAUGCGAAAGUUCUUCGCAGUUGAAGAUGCCGCUUCCGUGCAACAGUUGGAAUCCGAGGAGGACAAGCGAGCACGCAGUAUUCUUGAGGCAACUACGGUACGAAAGGGAAGUCGAAUGGAGACGGGUUUGCUUUGGCGAAAAGAAGACGUGAACUUCCCGGAUAGCUACCAAAUGGAGAUCAGCCGUUUGAAAGGUUUGGAGAAACGACUGGCGAAAGAUCCCGAGCUGCGUAGGAAAGUCAACGAGCAAAUUGAGAGCUACGAACAGAAGCAGUACGUCUGCAAAGUAUCAUCGGCAGAGAUGGCGAACGCAAACCCUCGGCGAGUGUGGUACCUCCCGUUAGGGGUGGUGACGAAUCCCAAGAAACCAAACAAAAUCCGACUGGUGUGGGAUGCGGCCGCGAAGGCUUGUGGAGUUGCUUUCAACGACAUGCUUCUCAAGGGCCCGGAUCUACUCGUAUCGCUAGUGAACGUCUUGUUGCGAUUCAGGGAAGGCAAGAUAGCAGUAUGCUCCGAUAUCCGAGAGAUGUUCCUGAGAAUUCUUAUCCGGGAGGAAGACAAGUGGUCACAGUGCUUUGUAUGGCGUAGCUGUCCGUCGGAUGAAGUUCAGAUAUACACAAUCAACGUCGCUAUGUUCGGGGCAACCAGUUCCCCGUGCACGGCUCAGUUCGUGAAGAACAAAAAUGCUCUCGAAUACGCGGAAUCAUACCCCAGAGCGGUAAACGCAAUCAUCUACAACCAUUACGUGGAUGAUUUCCUUGACAGUGUCAACUCGGUAGAAGAAGCAGUACAGCUUGUCAAACAAGUGCAGUUUAUCCACGCAGCAGUGGGGUUCGAAUUCGGCAAAAUUAUGUCCAACUCGCAGGAGGUUCUUGAUCGUCUUGGGGAAACUAGUUCGCCGGACAGUAAGUCACUAGUAUUGGACAACGAUCACACGUAUGAGCGCGUCUUAGGUGUAGUGUGGGUACCAUCAGCGGAUCACUUCACCUUCGACCGAUAUGGGGUCGUAGACGUUUUGGGCAGUGGCCAAACAGUUCCAACGAAGAGACAGGUGCUACGAAUCGUGAUGAAGCUGUACGACCCUUUGGGAUUUGUGGCGCAUUUCGUAGUACAGGGAAAAAUCUUAAUGCAAGAGAUUUGGAGAACGGGAACAAAUUGGGACGAGCCCAUAUCAGAGCAACUGUAUGAUCUGUGGAGUAGAUGGAUCGAGCUGUACGAGACGAUUGAUGAAGUGCAAGUACCGCGUUGCUUCUUUGGGAAUUUUACAACGCCAGAGGUGGACGAAAUCGAGAUUCACGUGUUCACGGAUGCUAGCGUAGCGGCAUGCGCGUGUGUAGUGUAUCUGAGGAUGGCACACAGCGGCGGUAGUUGGUGUUCGCUAGUAGCAGCAAAAACUAAAGUCGCACCACUUCGUGCGCUCUCCAUCCCGCGCUUGGAGCUACAAGCUGCUAUGAUGGGAGCACGAUUGCUGCACAACGUUUGUUCGGCACUCACUCUCAACAUACAUAAACGCUACCUGUGGACGGACUCCAGUACAGUUCUGGCGUGGCUUCGCUCGGACAGUUGCCGAUAUCACCAGUUCGUCUCAUUCCGAGUCGGCGAAAUUCUUUCACUCACCAGCGUAGAUGAGUGGUACCACGUACCUUCGAAGCUCAACGUAGCGGAUGAUGCCACCAAGUUCCUACGAAAUGCGAAAGACCAGUGGCCAAAGCAAUCAAACAAGGUAGAUGAAGUAGAUGCGUCAAUCGAAGAAAUACAAAUGGUAGCUGUACAUCUGACGUUGGAGGAGAUCGUAGACAUCGAACGCUUUUCAAAUUGGAAUCGUUUAGUUCGAGCGAUGGCCUACGUUCAUCGGGCGAUAAGAAGCUGGAAGCAGAUUGAGAAUAAUAAACACCGAAGACAAAAUCCAGAUCAAGAGGAUUUCGUGAAAGCAGAAGAAACCCUUUGGCGUCAGGCUCAAUCGCAGGCAUACAGCGAAGAGAUUCGUCAACUAAACAUAGAUGGCAGUGUUGACAAACGGAGUUCACUGUGUUCGCUGCUCCCAUUUUCCGACGAGCACAGAGUCAUGCGGAUACGAGGUCGGAUUGGAAACGCGCCGCAUAUUCCGUACGCGGCAAAGUAUCCCGUAGUAUUGCCGAGGGAACAUCGCAUAACUUUUCUUCUGGUGAAUUACUACCACCAACGGUUCCUUCACGCCAACGGAGAAACUGUGUACAACGAACUACGCCAGAAUUUUUACAUUCCGAAGCUUCGAAUGCUGAUACGUAAAGUUGGCAGGAGUUGUCAGUACUGUAAGGUACAGAAAGCUGUUCCAGUGCCGCCGCAGAUGGCGCCACUUCCGAAGGAACGCCUAACCCCAUUCGUCCGGCCAUUCACGUACAUUGGCGUCGACUACAUGGGGCCCUUCGAAGUCAAAGUCGGCCGCAGUCUGGUGAAAAGAUGGAUCUGCUUGUUUACCUGUCUUACGGUACGGGCGGUUCAUCUGGAGCUAGCACACAGUCUUUCAACAUCGUCCUGCGUGAUGGCCUUUAGGAGAUUCGUUGCCCGACGGGGUGCGCCGCUGGAGGUUUUCUCCGAUAAUGGCACUAACUUUGUCGGAGCCAAUCGCCAGCUGUCGGAAGAAAAACAGAAACUUCAAGAGAUCGUCGUAGACUGCGCCAACACAUUCACCAACGCACACACUCAGUGGCACUUCAACGUUCCUGCAGCCCCGCACAUGGGGGGACCCUGGGAGCGUAUGGUCAAGUCAGUGAAAGUCGCAAUGAAAGCUGUUUCUGACAGUCCCCGACAUCCUAGCGACGAAGUAUUAGAAACGAUCAUGCUGGAGGCCGAAGGUAUUGUGAAUUCGCGACCGUUAACCUAUGUUCCCCUGGAAGCUGCAGAUCAGGAGGUACUCACACCAAACCACUUCCUGUUACAUGGCUCGAACGGAAUCAAGCAACCAGCAAGCGAACCUGCGAUCACAGGAAACGUUCUUCAGGACAGCUGGAAGCUGGCCCAGCACAUUGGAAACGAAUUCUGGCGAAGGUGGAUCCGGGAAUAUCUCCCAAUGUUGACACGGCGGGCGAAAUGGUUCGAUACAGUGAAGCCCCUGGAACCUGGCGAUCUUGUCGUCAUAGUCGACGAACAUGCGAGGAACCGCUGGGAACGAGGACGCAUCCUGGAAACCUUCCCGGAUAAGUCCGGACAGGUGAGACGCGCAACAGUACAGACUAAUAGAGGUGUGUUCGAGAGACCUGCUGUAAAGCUCGCUGUUCUGGACGUCGUAAGCUGCAACCAGAAGUCGGGGGAAGCCGCUGCGGGACCGGCAAUUGACUAA